AUAUUUUCUCGAAUAAGCAAAUCGUGUAGCUGUACAAUGACGAAGCGGUCUAACCCAUUUAUUGAGGACUUCGUGCAGCAGAGCAAAGUUCACGUUGGAAUGAAACAAUUCAACAAUAACGAAGACAGACUUCAGAAAGUGUACGAGAAAACCCUUAAACUACUGUUCCGAGGCGCAAAGAUGCCCACAAAGACUGUUAGCGAGAUACCAACAGAGAAUGAAGGCAGAAAAGAUGGUUUUAAGCAGUUGUUCCUUGGGAAAAAUGGUCAUCUCCAACAGACUGGUGCUGUGACAAAGCCCAUGAUCCAGAAGUGUCUGUGCGGGGCCGUGUCGGAGGACCGCUGCUCGUACUGUGAGAAGGUGCUUUGCGGGGCCUGCCAGCAUUCCUGCGAGCGCUGCCAACUCGGCUACUGCAACCACUGCUGUCUUACAGGAUCUGAAGGCUCGGAGAUAUGUGUGUCCUGUUAUAAUUAAUUUAUUUCUGUUGGUUUUUGACUUGAUUUAGAAGCUGAAGAUACGUUUAAUGUUUAAUAUUUUAUUUUGUUACCGACAUAUGAUUAGAAGAGACGAAAAUAUUUUAAGUUCAAUUAGUAUUAAGAUGUUUAAAAAAGAAGGUUGUGUCUUGGCCG